UUAUUCAAAACUUAAGAUGAUACGCUCAUUAAUCAGAAGUCCACUGUUAAUGUCCGUAUUUCCAUUUCACAAUAUCAAUGAUAAGUAUGAUAAACCUGUGAAUACAAUAAUAAAACCAUUAGAUGAUGAAUUAGCUUGGGACAGAGUAAAAAAAAUGUUUACUUUGGACGAAAAUGGAUUUACAAAAGAAAUACAAUCUAUCAUAAAUAUAACACUGUCAGGUUUUGCAAUUGGCUUAGUUAUGGCUGGUACAAGCUCAACUAAGGCUACAGUAAAUAAUUUCAUCAUGCAAAACGAAGCAUCACGAUUCACAAGUCAUUUUGAUGCAAAACGAAAUCUUCAACAGUUGGUUGUUGUAAAUUUUUUGAAGAAGGGUGGACGAUAUGGAAUGAAACUUGGGACAUUUUGUUUUUUGUUUAGUUCCAUAACAACAUGUACAUCAGCUUAUCGUGGAAAGAUAGCAUUAGAGAAUUAUAUGUUGGGUGGUUCCGUAACAGGAUUAUUAUUUAAAAUGAACCUGGGGCUUCGAGGAGCACUUGUUGGCACUGGACUUGGUAGUAUAUUAGGUGGAAUAUGUGGUGGUAUAUCACUUCUUAUUCUUAAGGUAUCAGGAAUAACUAUAGAUGAAGCAUUAGAAGCACAAAAAAAUUGGAUAAAUUCGAGAAAUAUGACGCGCGAAAUAAUAAAAAAAAGUAUGAAUAGUGAAUUAUCAGAAAUACAAAAAUUAUACGAAGAAAAUAGAAAACUGAAGGAUAUGAACAAAAAUGAUAAUGAAAAUCAAAACAAAAUAAACCCAUAA